UAUUCGUGAUUUUCACUAUAUUUACAGAUUAAAGGAGUACCAUUGGAAAAUAAAUUGACUUACUGCUGUUUAGCUCCCUCUCCAACCCUCUAGCCACGCGGGCAUUAUGAAAACGAUAAAACUGCUUAUAUCAGCAAUGCUAUGUCAUCACGAGAUAAGCAACUGACCAGAACGUAAAUUGUACUAAACAUUAUGCAGACUUUUUACUUCCCCCUUCCUGCAUUACCAAGUGAAAUCUAAAAGCAUGCAGAAGCAAAAACCUAUUUUUAAGAAAUUAAUAAGUAUAUCAACACGUGUGUGAAUGAGAUGGAUAUGGCUGAAAAUACAGUUUUAGGUUUUCAGUUUGAACCAACGAGAGAGAACUCUGUUCAAGUACUACCGUAUGACGAGUGGGAAACGGAAUCGGGUGAAGUCACUGACAGAACAAAAUUAAUUGUCUCAGAGUGGUGCAAAUGUGGUGUUUGCAUCAAAAUGACUACUUCUAAGGAAUGUAAAUGCUGUAAAGAAAUGGAUAUAACCGAGUUAUCGGAAUUAUGCGAUAAACGGUGUAUAACGGAGCUCGAUCAUUUUUUUCCUAUCGUCCUAAUGAAAGGAAAUCUUUGGACGGAAUUAGUUGGAAUGCACGACAGGGAAAAUUCUGGCCUUCCUUCUUCGUGAGACGAUGUACCCGCAAAGUAAGCAUACUUUCACCUUUGCUUUCUCCUUUGGUUGCAAUUCAGUAAAUAUAUUUUAUUUUUAAACAAGACAUAUCGUUUCGCUGUAUACCGCCAAUUUACAUGGUGGGUACAUAACCGUCUUGGCAGAUCCGUGCGACGUGUAAUUCUGGCCUGUGUUGUCAAGCGAAUAAGAGAAGAAUUUCCUACUCUAGACGGUAGUUACACCGGAUACAAAGACGGAGAUUACGUAGAUGAAAUGAAUUUCACAUGGGUGCACGAAGUUGAUAGCGACGGCGAAUAGGAAUAUUUACAAAUAAACUACUACAUGCUUAUUACUUUGCCUAAGUAUAUAACAAAUGUGUACAACAUAACUAUAUUUACAUUCGCGAAUACUUUAAGGAGCGUUCUAUAAUUUCAUUUCUAUCAGGUCGUUCUGUUGGUACUAUGAAUUCCUUUCUUUUUCUACUUUCCCUCACCAUUUUAUCCUCUACAUCUUUGUCCACAGCUCGAUAAUAUGAUGCGAUAGCAAUAUUCCGUAAAAACUCAUAAGAUUUGUCCUUUUUUACUUUUACUGCGACAAAUCUUUUCGAGUAGCGUGGAAAAGAAAUUUUAUACCGAGGGACGUAUUGACCUUGUUUAGUUUUCUUCUUGGCCUAAAAAUAAAAAGAGGUAUUAUUAAUUUUUUGCAGAACUAAGCAGAAAAACAUAAACAGAAAUGAAAG